GUGAUGAAGAGGAGCAGCUCUUCAUCGCCUUGUGUCUGGUCUCUCUGCAGGUGAUGAAGAGGAGCAGCUCUGGUGUCUCUGCAGCUCUUCAUCACCCUGUGUCUGGUGUCUCUGCAGGUGAUGAAGACGAGCAGCCUCAGCAGCAGCAUCCUCUUCCUUCCUAUCGGGAUUAUAAAUUCAACAGUUCCAUAAAGAGCUUCCAGACGGGCUUCUUCCCCAGCAGCUGCAGUGACAGCAGCCAGCACAGCUUCCAGCUGGUUCUGGGCUCGGGGGCGCCUCCCCUGGGCGGGCCCUGUCAGCGCAGAGACGUCCAACCAGCAGAGAGCAGCACCGGCCAGUUCUGUGACGGGCCCCUGAAACCCAGAACUGCAUAUAGGCUCAGCAUCCGAGCGUUCACUCAGCUGUUUGAUGACCAGCAGAGAGCCUCUCCUCUGUACAGCGACACCUACCUGUCACUACCCAUUGUCACCGAGGCCGAGCCUCUGAGCGGCGUGAUCGAGGGUGUCAGUGCCGGCAUGUUCCUUGUCGUCAUGAUGGUGGGGGUCACCGCUCUGCUGGUUUGCAGACAAAAGAGUCGUAAAGU